AUGUCCGAGGGGCACUUUCAAGGAGGGAUCCCAGAGACCAACAUGGGCAGAGCUCAGAAGGGUGAUUGGAAUCUCUAUGGCAAGGCUGGAUGCCGUUUACGACCUGAGAAUACGGUGACUUUUCCGGACGUCCAGGGGAGCUUUUUGCGUUUCGAGCUUCAAGCGCCGGUGAACCGCACCGGGAACACCUGGCACAUCCAGAUUGUGGCGCCCUUCUCCUUGGAAGGUCUUCGCUACGGUUGGCACAUCGAUCCGGAGGUAAGCUAUGACAACCAGCCCCUCCUCGAGCAACCGGUGCUGGAUCCCUGUGCUCGGUGCCUCACCUCCGGAGGUGUCGAGGUCUGGAACAAGCGUGGGGAGAACAUCAAGUACGCCCCCUUGUCCGUGGUGCCCGACUUCCGUGCGCUGGAUUGCUUUGAUUGGCAAGGUGUAACCUCCCCAGGCUAUGCCUUGCAGGACCUGAUCAUCUAUGAGGCCCACGUGAGAAGUUUCACCAAGAACAAAGACAGCGGGGUCAAGGCACCAGGGACUUUCCUGGGCUUCAUCGAAAAGAUCCCGCACCUCCUCAACUUGGGCAUCAACUGCGUCGAGCUGCUGCCAAUCUUCGAGUUCGAUGAGUCACAGGUGCCAUGGAAGCACCCCAAGACAGGGGAACACCUUUGUCAGUACUGGGGCUACCAGACAUGUUCUUACAACACGCCCAUGCAGCGCUUCGCCGUGGGAUCCACCAAGAAUCCGUGGGCUGCCAUUGUGGAGUUCAAGACGUUGGUGCGGGAGCUCCACCGAAAUGGCAUCGAGGUUGUCUUAGAUGUGGUCUUCAACCACACUGGAGAGGGCGCUUGGGGCGUCAGCAACUGGAAUUGCCUGGCCAAAGUGGCCGUCAACCACUACUACCUCAUGUCGAAUGGCUACCACACGAACUACACCGGCUGUGGGAACACUUUGCAUGCCAACAAUCCCAAUUGCACCGAGUGGAUCAUCGAUUGUUUGCGAUACUGGGCUUUGGACAUGCACGUGGACGGUUUUCGUUUUGACCUCGCAUCAUCUUUGACGAGAGGAAGUGAUGGUCAAUGCAUGCCGGAGCCACCCUUCAUCCGCCGCUUGGUGAGCGACCCUUGCCUCCAACACGUGAAGCUCAUUGCAGAGCCAUGGGAUUGCGCUUGGCCCGAUGGCUACUUAGUCGGCCAAUUCCCCAGCGGUGAUGGCAACCCUCGCUGGGCCGAGUGGAACGGCAAGUUCCGUGAUGCGGUACGGGGCUUCAUCAAGGGCGAUCCCAACAUGAAGGGCGAGUUUGCCACCCGCGUGUGUGGCAGCGCUGACCUCUACGAGCCGGAUGGCCGUGGGCCAUGCCAUUCCAUCAACUUCAUCACAGCGCAUGAUGGCUUCACCCUCCGUGACUUGGUCUCCUACAACAAGAAGCACAACCAUUUGAACAACGAAGAGAGCGGUGAAGACAACAACAUCUCAUGGAACUGUGGCGAAGAAAAUGAUGAAGGAUUGAAAGGCUUUGACUUUCUCUACUGCACUGGGUGGAUGCGGAACAUGAUCCUGGCGCUCUUCUUGUCUGCGGGAACGCCCAUGGUCACCUCCGGUGACGAGUAUGGCCGCAGCCAAGGAGGCAACAACAACACCUGGUGCCAGGAUGAGUUGAACUGGUUCUCUUGGGCCGACUGUGCCAAGGAAUCUGAAGGCCUGGUGCGCUUCUUCCGACUGGCGCUGGGCCUUCGCAAGCAGCACCGGGACUUGCUGGAGCGAACCACCUUCUUGACGCACGAGACGAUUCAGUGGAACCACGACGAUUGGGAGUCGGACUACAACUUUAUUUCCUACAUCCUCCACCGUGGAGGCCCGACCUCUUGCCGCUCGAGCUCGGUCUGGGGGGUCUGUGGGCCGCCUGGGUGA